AUGAGCAAAAAACAACUUAAGAAGAAGCAACACGAACUUCUUAUAGAGAAAGAAGAAAAAUUACUUUAGAAGAAGCUGAAUAAAAAGUUGAUCUAGUCUGCCUAUUAAUGCUAGUAAAAAGUGAAUGCAAUUAAGAUUCUUGAAAACAACUUAAAAAAUUCUUAAAAAACUCUCUAGUAAAUUGAACAAAAUAUUCAAUAAAAACCAGAUAGUUACUUAAAAUUGGCAGAAAACAUAGGUAUAACUGUUGAAAGCCUCUUGGAAGCUAUCGAAAAAGGUUUACCAGAAAAUGUGGCUGAUAUUAAGGUAGAGGAUGGACCUUCUCACUUUCUAUUAAGUAAACCAGAAAAAAAAAUAUUCAGUCAACACAAUGACUAAUUAAAUGAUCUGAUUUAAAGUUCUUAAUACAUUUGGAGUUCUCUCAAACUUAAAAUGCCUUUGGCUGAAGAAAACAAAAUAAAGAUUAUUGAUAACUUCUUAGAGAAUUUAAAAAAUGUAGAUACUAAGUUAUACUCAAAUUUUGUUUCAAAGAUAUCUUAAUCGAAUACUUUCUAACAACUUUAGCAUAUUUUUAUCAAAGAAUAUACAGGUAAUUAAUAUGGUUUAAUUAACUCUAUACUUACUUCCAAUGAUCCUGUAAAACUUUCAGCUAUGAGGGAAUACAUUAAUAUAGCUAUUAAAGCCUAUCAGGAUGGUAACGUGGGGACAGUAUAUAAUAACAACAAGAUACUUUAUAGAAACUUUAGACUUCCCAAAGACCUUAUAAGUUUGUAUAAAUAAAACAGUUUUAUUUACUUUACAAAUAUGACAUCUACUUCUUAAUUAGACUUAGAAUCAUUUGGAUAGCCUGAUGCUUAUAAUUUUGGUAUUAAGCUUCAAAUCUCUUUUCUAGAUUUACAAUAACAAAAAAAGAAUAAUCUUUACACAGGGAUAGAAGUCCACAGCUUAAGCUAUUAUCCAAAUGAAAAUGAAGUUCUAAUAUUACCUUACCAGCUAUUUUAAAUUACGAGCGUCAAGCAGAAUGGAUAAGACAGGUUCAUUAUCAAUUUAAGGGAAGUUGAUAAUAAGAUAAUCUUAAACAAUAUUAAGACACCUCAACAUUUACCUACUAAACCUUCUUAGCCAGCUGAUAAAAAAAAAUUAUAAGAAAUAAUUGCUUAAUCUCAAAGUAAAAUGUAACAAAAGUAGGAAUCUUUAAAAUAAGAAAAAAUACAAGUUGCUUGUAACUUUUAACAGUAAGCAAAAGAUUUCAUUAAGAAAAAUAACAUCUAGUCAAUAAAAAUUCAAGAUUCUUAACUUACCGACAUAAAAAUCUCUUCUAUUUAAGAUAUCUAAGCACCUUAAGAAUAAUAGUUUUAAAAUAACCUAGAUUGUGAAGAAGAAGAAGAAAAAAUAGAAGAAUCUGUAGAAUACAGUAACAACUAAAUUAAUUUUACUAAUCUUAAUAAUGAAGACAAAUGUAAAUUGCUUUAACUUGCAGAAAAUUUUGAUGAUCUGAUCAAUAAACUUACAGAUUAAGAAAAUGUAAACAAUCAAAACAUUAAAGAAGGAAAUAAAUAAGUAGAAAAUAUUCUAAAAGAAUGGAUCCUAGUUAAUAUCGAAGAGUAAACUUCAAAAGAUAUUGUAGAAAAAAACUAAGAAAAAAUAAAAACUCAAGAACAAACUCUGAUUUAGCAAGUCAGUUAAAAUAAAAACUUCUUAAAGUUUUUGAAUAUCUAAAAAAAUUAAGAAUUUAAAAAUUACUAAUUUUUACUUCAUUUGGUAAAUAAAUCUUACGAACAAAUAAAUUAGCAGGCUCUAUUUAAUGACAAAAUCCCAGUUUGUUUGCAGAAUAAAUUUCUUUAAAGAUUUGCAUUAUCUUCUUAAGAUAAUUUCUUUCAUAAAGUUUACUUCGAGCAUCAGAAUGCAACACUCAGUCUUCAAGAUCUAAAAAACCAACUUACUAACUUAUUCUUUAAUAAAUAUCCUUCUAGUUAACAUAAUUACCUGGAACUUACUUGUAUUUCAGAUAAACCAGAAAGCUCAAACAAAAUGUGCAAUAGCUUUUUAUUCUAAACCAACAUAUCAAUAGAAGAAAUGCUUGAUCUAAUUAUUACUUUGCCAAUAAAAGUUAAAUAAUAAAUUAAGGUGUAAAAGCACAAGUAUCUAUAACUAUCUAACUAGUUUUUCGAUUGCAGAGGAAACAUGAAUUAUUUACAUUAAUAUAAUUAGCCAGAAUUUAGAGGUAAUUUAGUUUAUAAUUUUCCUAACAUUUGCGUAAGAUUAGGUUUAAGUGUCUUAAAUAAAUUUGACGAUGGUAACAAUGCUUGGCUUAGCAUGGAUAACUCUCCAGGAGAGUGGGCUGUUGUUUAUACCUGGAUAAGUGAAAUCAAAUUGUGUUCCCUAAAAUCUGGCACUAAGAAUGAAAAUAAAUAUUCAAAGCAGUAUGAAUUUAUUCCUUAAAACGCUCUCUAAUGCAGCUAAAGCAUAGAAAAUCUUUAAAAAUUUAUUUAAAAUCCAAUUUUGAUUGGCUCUUAAGCUUUCAUAAUAGCUUAUUAGUGCAGAGCAAAUACUACUGAAAUUCUACUUUCCACUGAAUAUCCAGAUGUUAGUUUUUUAGAUAGAAGCAAAAUGGAUACUAUCAGGCCAUACGGAAUUAUUAUAAAAUAAGUAUAUUGA